AUGUGGACCGCGGACGAGAUUGCACGGCUAUGUUACGAGCACUACGAGACCCGGCUGCCCAAGCGGGGGAAGCCGGAGCCCGACCGCGAGUGGACGUUACUAGCGGCAGUGGUGAAGGUGCAGCCCACAGUGGACCUUGCCUGCAACGGCCCAGACAGACCUAUGCAAGUGACAAAGGAAGUGGUCUCCAUGGGAACAGGAACGAAAUGCAUCGGCCAGUCCAAAAUGAGGAAGAGCGGAGAUGUCCUCAAUGACAGCCACGCUGAGGUCAUCACCAAGAGGAGUUUUCAAAGGUACCUCCUCCAUCAGCUGCAGCUGACCGCGGCCGGGCAGGGGAAGAGCAUCUUCGUCCCGGGGACGCGGAAGGGGCAGUGGAGACUCAGGCCCGGCCUCUCGUUUGUCUUUUUCUCCAGCCACACGCCCUGUGGCGACGCCUCCAUCAUCCCCAUGCUGGCGCCGGAAGAUCAGCCGUGCCAUCCGGUUGGUGGAGAGGACGCCUGGACCCCCACCAGGGAGACCGUCACCUGCGAAGACCCCGACGAGCCUGCGAACAAGAGGAUGAGGCGUGAUCCCGGGCCUCCUGCCUCGGAAGCUGCCCGUGGCGCGGGCCACACAGGAGACAGUGGCCAGGCCCCGUCUAGUCCCGGCCGGCCCGCAGUGGUGGACGUGUAUCGGACAGGGGCCAAGUGCGUGCCCGGGGUGCCCGGGGACUCACGCCUGCCCGGGGCCGCCUACCACCAAGUGGGGCCACUCCGGGUGAAGCCAGGCCGGGGGGACAGGACCUGCUCCAUGUCCUGCAGUGACAAGCUGGCACGGUGGAAUGUGCUCGGGUGCCAGGGAGCACUGCUGAUGCACUUCCUGGAGGAGCCUGUCUACCUGUCCGCCGUGGUCAUCGGGAAGUGCCCGUACAGCCAGGAGGCCAUGCAGAGAGCACUGACUGGCAGGUGUCAGAACGUCUCAUCUUUGCCCAGCGGCUUUGAAGUUCGAGAAGUGAAGAUCGUGCAGUCCAGUGAGCUGUUUGCGCAGAGCCGCCGCGCGGUGCAGGCCAGGAGGGCCGAUGGUGCGGGUCGGCUGGUUCCCUGUGGGGCUGCCAUCAGCUGGAGUGCAGUUCCCGAUCAGCCCCUGGACGUCACUGCCAACGGCUUUCCCCAGGGGACAACGAAGAAAGGGAUGAGAAACCUUCAGGCCAGAUCCCAAAUCUGCAAAGUAGAGCUCUUUCAGGCAUUCCGGAAGCUACUCGCCAGCAUCCCUGAGGACCAGUGGCCGGACUCGCUCAGGGCGCAGACGCUGGAGACAUACCAGGACUACAAGGAUGCCGCCUCUGCGUACCAGGAUGCCUGGAGCGCACUCCGGAAGCAGGCCUUCGCCUCCUGGCUCAGAAGCCCAGCCGAGUACCAGCAGUUCCGAUGAGAUGGGAAGCAUGCGGGCCUCCAUGUCUGGGAGCCACUUCCUCCC